UUCACACUAGAUGAGAGUUUGAUUGAAAUGCGGGAAUUAAUAAAAACUGCCGGACUUGAGCUAGUCGGUGAGGUGACGCAACGAUUGAACGAUGUCAACCCGAGGACGUACAUUGGCUCCGGAAAAGUCAAGGAAGCAGAAGAGAAAAUGAAAGAGUACGACUGCUGCACGAUUGUAUUUGACGCAGAGUUGUCACCAGGUCAGCAGAAAUCGCUGGAGAAUGCCUUCAACAAAGAAUCUCUGCAAAACGAUUUUCUGUUUCAAGGAGGAGAAAUCAAGGUGAUUGACCGGACGGCACUGAUUUUGGAUAUCUUUGCGCAGCAUGCCAAAACUCGUGAAGGUAAGCUGCAGGUCGACCUCGCCUUGCAUGAGUACCGCAAACCUCGCUUGACCCGAAUGUGGACGCAUCUAGAACGGCAAUCCGGAGCUGGUGGUGUUGGUCUUCGCGGCCCGGGAGAGUCGCAGCUAGAGAUCGACAAGCGGCUAGUCCGGGAUCGUAUCAUUACUUUGAAGCAAAAGAUUGAUGAUGUGCAAAAGCAACGAGCGAUGCAUCGGCGGGGUCGGGAGCGGACAGGUCUUCCUAUCUUAUCGCUGGUCGGCUACACUAACGCUGGUAAAUCAAGCAUGCUAAACUAUUUGACCAAAGCAGGCGUCAUGGCCGAAUCCAUGUUGUUCGCCACACUGGACCCUACAACUCGGAAAGUAAAGUUACCUGGCUACAAGACACACCCAGAAGUACUGUUGACAGAUACGGUCGGCUUCAUUCAGAAGCUGCCGACGCAUUUGGUGGCGGCAUUUCGCGCCACUCUCGAGGAAGUACAGGAAGCAGACGUGCUGAUUCACGUCAUCGACGUUUCCAAUCCUACCUGGCGUAAGCAAGAGCAAUCCGUUCGCAGCGUACUGGCGGACAUUGAAGCUUCCGACAAGCCAAUGGUCCGCGUUUUGAACAAGAUCGACUUGCUUGAUCCCGUAGAGGCGGAUGAGUUGAGAUGUCAAGCUGCGUUGGAGGAUUUCACAGUUGCAGUCUCUGCUUUAGAAGGAGACGGCAUGCAAGAUUUCGUGUCUGUGGUGGAAGAUGCCAUGUCGAGCUUGCUCGUACCCAUUGAAGUAGAACUUCCGUAUUCGAAAGGAGAGGAAUUGAAUAUAGUACACGAGCAAGGGAAUGUCGAAGUCGUUGACUACAGAGAAAAGGGAACCUACGUACGCGCGCUUGUUCCACAGGCUGUGGCGAACCGAUUGGAGCCC